AGUUCAUAGUUCAGUGUUCGUUCACUUAUUUCUUAUCUUUUUGUCUUUCAAAUUGUGUAUUUAUUAUUGCACGGUGCAUUUCCUCAUUCAUGCUUUUGUUCCUGUUUUAAGGUGUGGUUUAUUUAUCCUAUAUCGUUGGCACUCUCCCAGUUUAAACAGGUUCCGUCACAGCAUGCAUGUAAAAUCCGAUUUAUCCUGAACGCGUAAUGAAAAAAAAACAAACAAGUUCUGGUGGCGUCAUUACGCAAACGACGUAAGCCGAGUUGUCCAAUCAGGUGCGUCGCUCCCAGCUUAGGGAAGAAGCAGAUGAUAUGGCAGCUUAGAGCGACCAGGUGGAACUAGCUUGGUUGGAUGUUGGUGUCUGCGGAGCCGCGGACUCAGCUGGACCCCUGGAAAUGAUUUACCUGAUCCUGAUCUCCGCGCUGUGCGGGGCCGCCGUCACGCUGCUCUUACAGUUCUUGUUGAUAUACAGGAGGAGCCCUGAGCCCUUAGGUAGGAGCGUUCAGUAUGUCAAAGUAGUGCCCGAUAACGCACUAAAAGAUUACUUUAAUGCCGGCCAGGCCGAACCGAGCCAGCAGGACGGCGGAGCGGCAGCAGCAUCCAAACCGCAGGAGGCAACCUUCAGCCGGCAGCAGGAAGCGGCUGUGACCGGCGGCAGCCCCAAGCAGCAGCAGCAGCAGCUCCACAGCGAGCUGCUGGAUGCUGGGAGGACAGAAACAUGCAAUUUCCUCAAUGCCAUCUUCCUGUUUCUGUUCAGAGAGCUGAGGGACACCCCGGCGGUCCGCCACUGGAUGACCAAAAAGAUCAAGGUGGAGUUUGAGGAGCUGCUGCAGACUAAGACGGCGGGUCGCCUCCUGGAGGGGCUCAGCCUGAGGGACAUCUCCCUGGGGAACUCUCUGCCGGUCUUCAAGGCGGCCAGGCUCCUCAAACCGGCGCAGCUGGACGACGACGGGAUGCCGGAGGAGCUCAACUUCGAGGUGGACAUCGAGUACAAUGGCGGCUUCCACCUGGCCAUCGACGUGGACCUGGUGUUCGGCAAGUCCGCCUACCUGUUCGUCAAGAUGCGGCGCGUGGUGGGCAGGCUCCGGCUGCAGUUCACGCGCAUGCCCUUCUCCCAUUGGUCCUUCUCCUUCCUGGAGGACCCGCUGGUGGAUUUUGAGGUGAAGUCUCAGUUUGAAGGGAGGCCGCUGCCUCAGCUGACCUCCUUCAUAGUCAACCAGCUGAAACGGGUCAUCAAGAAGAAGCACACCCUGCCCAACUACAAGAUCAGAUACAAGCCCUUCUUUCCAUUCCAAGUGCAGCCUCCGCCGGGUUCAGCCUGUGACUUGGACCUGUCUGUCCAGGACAGCCGGCUGGUGGAAGGAAAACUCAGAGUCACUGUCAUCGAAUGCAGCAGGCUCUUCAUCCUGGGCUCCUAUGACAGAGAAACCUACGUCCACUGCACCCUGGAGCUGAGCAGCCAGCGGUGGAAGGAGAAGACGCGCAGCUCCAUCAAACGGACGGAGGUUAUCAAGGGACCAUGUGGCAGUGUGGGGAUGACAUUUAGGCACAUUCCUGCCUGUGAAGGGGAUGCAGUUUAUGUCAGCAUAGAGACAGUAAUCCCCAACUCCCCCGCAGCCCUGGCUGACCUCCAGAGGGGUGAUCGCCUGAUUGCUAUUGGAGGUGUCAAAGUAACAUCUUCAGUUCAAGUACCAAAACUGUUGAAACAAGCAGGAGAAAGGGUGGUGGUUCUAUAUGAGAGACCGGUUCGUCAUCAGGCCCCAACCUCGGGAGCACUACAAGAGGGAUUGGGUCCGCUGGAGGAGCCAGGCUUCGUAGCACAGCCAUCGGGAUACGAGGAGGACCCGGCUCCAAUUACUACUCUUUCUGACGUAUCUGACAGCAAAGACAUGGACUCUGAGUUCGAGGAGUUGCUCCUGGACUCCAAAGUCAGCCAGCCUAGUGGACCCAACAUCAGUACCACUAAUAUUAGUGACACCAAGGAGGAUUUUUUACUUGCUGUUAACCAAAGUCCUAAAAGAACCGUGGCGAAUUUGGCAUCCAAGCCACUCGGUACCAUCUCGCCCAUCCUAAACCGAAAGUUGAACCUUGUUGGUCUCCAGUCUCCAUUGAAGCCCCAGCCCAAAGAAUCAGCCAAAGCAUCACCGCAUAAAACUGGUAUUGAACCUAGUGAGAGUCUGAAUCGGCCAACUGUCCUUCCUCCCCCUCCUCCCUCACGGCCCCCGGUGCCACCGAGACCACAGAUCAGAUUGACAUCGGCGUCCUCAGAAACCAGUCUUCUUGAAAGCGUUGAUUCCAUUUCAAAUGCCGUUGUGAUUCCUGCUCCUACAAUGGUUGCCUCCGCCGGUAUUUCUGAAAAAUCUACAGAGAAGGUUCCAGUUUGUGGAGCCACUGAGGAUAAGAGCGGCACGGAUAAAACGUGUACGAAACAAUCUGAAGGAAAACCGUUUACAAAGGCUGCAGAAUCAAGCGACGAGACGCUCAGUUCUUACUCUGUUACCGGCAGCAAGGGAGAUCAAUCAAAAGACAAAGUUUCAGAAAGCUCCUUUAGUACAAGAGACAGUCUGGAUGACCACUGCCUCUGGGAAUCCCCAGAAACGAUGUUUGGCAAACAUACGGCACGCUGGUCCAAGGCCUCUGUGGUGUUUGAUGUGGAGAGUAACCACAAGUAUCUCAAUGUGGCCCUUUGGUGCAAAGAUCCCUUUAAGCUAGGCAGUUUGUUGUGUCUGGGCCAUGCCAGCCUCCCAUUGGAGCAUAUAGCUCUGGAAUGUAUGGCCACAUCUUCCGCUGAGUACCAGAGCACCUUUAGGUUGGGGGCUCCUGAGCCGAAAGCAAAUGUCAGCCGCACCGCACUACGCAACCUUAGUACCCACAAGGGUUUUAAUGAGAAACUGUGUUACGGAGAUGUUACCUUAAACUUCUGUUACUUGGCAGAGGGGGAGUUGGAGUAUCCAGUAGGGUCAGUCGAACGGGAGCGAGAGGGCAGCCUCUAUGAUGAGGAUCUGAGGGAGAGAGAACCUGUUCCCUCUGUGCCGCGUGACGACUUGGCUUAUAGCCCCUUGCAGUCAACAGAAGUCCGUCACAACUUCCAGGACACCCAGUUCCAGAACCCUACCUGGUGUGAAUACUGCAAAAAGAAGGUGUGGACUAAGGCGGCCUCGCAGUGUAUCAUUUGCUCCUAUGUUUGCCAUAAAAAGUGCCAGGAUAAGUGCCUUGCUGAAAGUCCUCUCUGUGUGGCGACGGCCGAACGUCGUGGUGCCGACCCCGAAGCUAAGUCCACCAUAAACCGGGCAACAGGGUUAACACGACACAUAAUCAAUACCAGCUCGCGUCUGCUCAACCUCCGUCAGGCGCCCAAGACUCGACUUGAGCAGGUAACCGAUGUGGUGCCUGGGACUGUGGAGCCUUCGCCCAAGCAAACCCCCAACACAUCUGACAAUGAGAGCAGCGAUACGGAGACCUACACCAGCGGGGCGAGCCCGUCCAAACUGCCCCCCGGCAGCAGUAAACUGGUACGGAAAGAGGGUGGCUUGGAUGACAGCGUCUUCAUUGCUGUCAAGGAGAUAGGCCGCGACCUGUACCGAGGCCUGCCCACAGAUGAGCGCUCACAGAAGCUGGAGCUAAUGUUGGACAAACUACAGCAAGAGAUCGACCAGGAGCUGGAGCACAACAACUCUCUCAUGAACGAGGAGAAGGAGACUACAGACACCCGGCGAAAGGCCCUGAUCAGCACUGCCCUGGCCAAGUCGGGGGAGAGACUUCAGGCACUGACGCUUCUAAUGAUCCACUACCGGGCUGGCAUUGAGGACUUGGAGUCGGUGGAGAGCAUGUCUCCUUCAGAGCAGCAAGGCUUGAAGAGCAAAGCAGAGAGUCUGGAGGAAGAGGUCCUGAUGGGACCGGAGGUGUACGACAGCGACACCUGCAGCCCUGUGGAAGUGCAGCUGCUGGAUGACAUCAGCGAGGAGCAAAUCUGCGUGGAGGCGCUCCAUUAGCGCGUUAAAAUAUUGCUUUGGACUCUUCAGCGAAAUAAUGUCCCAUUAAGGACCGAGGACCUGUCCUAGUCCACCUUAAACACGCAGUUUAAUGUCUUCUCAUUUGCACCUUUUUGUUUGCAUUUUAUAAAAGUCAAUGAAAUGAUGGUUUGGGGAACUUGUUCCUAAUCUUUUUAUUUGCACAGAAUGACGCCGUUCUAAGAUCAGGACGUAUAAAUCUCUGCUGUCCAUGUUGCUCAUCACCCCUAUAAUGUGCUGAGUGUUUGUCGUCCGUUUCUUUGGUUCUGGUUUUCAUCUUCCUGCUUUGGUUGAAGGUUUUGCAGAAUUUGCACUUUUUUUCUGAACAUCUGGAACGACUGGUUCCCUGUGAGGAGUUAACCUUCAGAAACAGGCUAAAUGACCUGAAAUGUAAAACGUUUGUAAAAAGUCAUCCUUGAUUCUUGCUUUAAAGUUAUUUCUAUUGAUAAUUCUAAGAGUUUUUUUUUUGUUGUUGACAUAUUUAUGUGUCUUUUCCUUUAAAUACACUCAAAUUUAUUUUGUGAAUUUGUCUUGUUUGCUCUUAUUUCGAUAGAUAGAAAUCCUUUGUGUUAACUUCAGAGCAGCUCUUCUUCUCCAUCGUUAUAAAAACAGAUGCAAAGAUAAAAAUGCUUGUCGAUGGUUCGUGUUUCCCGAAUAAAUGCUACAAAUGAGCGCAUGUUGAAGUUUUUCCAAGCUUAAUAAAGACGUUACUUCAGUGUUUGAAAGUCAAAAUACCUUCCUGUUAUUUAAACACUUUUGCUUUAGGAUACUUAUACAGAUGAAUGUAUAUUGGUUUAGUGUGUUUGCUCUGUUUUAACAUCAAACUGAGGACCUUCAUCUGAUCCUCACUUUUUCUCUGGUGGUAAGUUGAGGACUAAAGUGUGAACAGAAUUCAGAUUCAGAUUAGGGUGAGGUAGUUACCAGGAAUGUUUAGGUUUAAGGUUAUCUUCAGGGUCAGAAAGAUAAAAAUAAAUUAUUAAUAAAAAGAUUGGUCCUCGCUACAUGAGGAAAGAGCAGGGUGUGGGUUCCCAGAGUGUUUCUGAAGACCACAGAUUAUUGCAGAACUUCUGUAUGCGGCAUCACUUUGUAAUUCAUUCCAUAUUGCAGCUUACAUGAUGAAUUUUAUUCUCUAAAUGUGGAGAAUAACGUGCAGCCAAUAAGAUGCGUUUCCCUCUUGAAGAAGAACAACACAAAAAGGCAAUAAGUUCAAGAAAAAUAAACGAAAAUCAUUUUAAAACUUUAUUUUAAGGUAGGAGAGUUGGAUUUUUAUGUUCUCACUCUUUAAUAAAUGACCAUCUCACAUGUCUAUUUCUAUAGAUCAUCGAUUUGCAGAUGAUGCAGUGAUUUUGAUGUAAGGUAAAUCAGUUUUUUUCCUUUUUGUUGUACGAUCACAUUGUUUUCUCUUAUUUCCUCUUAUUUGUAGAAAAUUGACUUGGAUUUACGAACAUCGUCUAAACUGCAGGUUUAUUUCAGCAGAGACUAAAAAGGCCAUGAAUGAUAGUCGUCCUGCUCACUGCUUCGCCUCCUGCCUUCUGUGGAGUCAGAUUUAUUGAAAGGGUUUUAGUUGAAAAUGAAGUUGAUGAUAAACCAAGGAGAUUAUGAUCCAACACCCCCCAUUGUGUUUGUUUUGCUCUUAUUUACCAUGUUUGAAAGGGUUUAGGAGGAAGACCUGUGAUGAAGCUUUAUUGUACAGAACAAUAAAAACAAUGAGUGAA